UUUUGGCUUAAGCGCUAGGGGGCGAUCGUGCGUAUUCGUUGGGUCCGCAAGAUGGGGGGCGUGGCAGGCAAGGGCAAGGGCAAAGGAGGCCCAGAGGAUCCAGAGGGCAAAGGCAAGGGCAAAGGCAAGGAUAAGGACAAGGGCAAAGGCAAGGAUAAGGACAAGGGCCCGCACGCAAGCCACUACUACAUAGAUGGCAAGAUAUACGACUUCUCCGAGUGGCAGUUUCUCCACCCUGGCGGCGACGCCUUCUUUGCGGUGUCCUUUCAGCGUGACAUCUCUGCAGCUGUGCAUGCCUAUCACCGCAAUCCAGACAAGCUGACCCCGUUUCUGCAGAAGUACGAGGUGAAGGUUGAGGAGGAGAACCCGCGAGACGUGCUUGUCAAAGACAUGAACGCGCCGGCGUUCAUCCUGCCGCCAGCCUUUGACGCCCGCCGGGACGUCCCGAUCUACGACUGGGACAAGCCUUUCAUGAAGGUCCUUCGGAGCAAGAUCAAUGCACCCGAGAUGCAGAAGCGGAUCAGGUCCGCCGAUUAUUGGUUCGAUUUCACAGCGUGGUGCAUCCUCGCGCUCCACGUGUUCGUGUGCUUUCCAGCCGUGUACUGGCGCCUGUUGCCUGGAUGGCUGAUCGUGGUCUUGCAGGUCAUCACUCGCACCUCGCUGGCGGGUGUUGGGCACUACCACAUACAUCGUGCAAAGGACGGAAUGACCGACUACUUCGACUGCUUUUUCGACAUCCAGUACGUGGGGGCCAGCAUGGUCUUGGCCGACGGCCACGUCAUGCUUCAUCACCUGUACACGGAAACGCCUGCCGACGUCAAGCGCACGGUCUUCAACUUCAUGACGACCAUCCCCCGUUUGCUCCGCAUCCCUAUCUUCACGGCGCAGAAGUUUGGGGAGUUCUUCACCGGGCACCUGCUUCGGUUCUCCGACAUCAGCCUGAUGCAGCCCACGUCGUGGGAGGAGUUCUCUGGCCAGGCGCACAGCUUCUUUCACGAGAUGCGGGUCAUCCGCUGGAUGAUGCUCGCCGAGAUGCUCUGGGCUGCCCUUUGCGGCGGCAUUGUUGUAUGGUUCCUUCAGUUCUUCUUCACCGUGUGGACGAACAUGUUCCAGAUCGUGGCCUCGCACGACUUCGAAGUGGCGCGAGACGAGCAGGAAUACUCCGGGCUGGACUGGGGCGUCUUCCAGGUGCAGCACGCCCUCGACACGUACGUUACCGGGAUCCCGCACAUCGACAUCUUCCUGACCGCAGGCCUGGGCUGCCACAGGGCGCACCACGUGCUGCCGUACCAGAAGUCAGGGUUCGCCAACAUCGCGUCGCAGCAGGCAUUGAUGGAGACGUGCAAGGAGUUCAACGUGGAGUGGGCGCCUGCUCGGAACCUGCUGCUGGAUCGAUUUCUGCCCCUGAUGUGGCAUUACCUCACGGUCCCGGCGCAGAUACCCGCGGCUCCCGCCCCCAUCCUGAUCGGAGGCACCGGCUUCAGCGGGUUCGUGAAGGAGCACCUCAAGUUCGACGUGAUCUACAGGUGCCUGGAAGAUGUUGGCCGUGGCUUCCAAGGCGCCUCGCUGUGAGGCCGGCUCGGCCUGCCCGCGUGCCCGCAGGCUCCGCCCGUGUUCCGCCUGCGAGGCGUGGUCUCGUCUGUCUCCCCUUCGCCCUCCUCCGUAUGCCUGCAAGUUCGCAGCGUUGCCACGAGGCGAUCGUAAGUAUCCCUCUGCCCCGAGAGCGGCCCCGCACCGCCUGACUUGGCCCCUGCCCGCGUCAUGGAGCCUUGUUGUCUCGAUGCGGGCAGUCCUCGUCUUCCUGCUCCCCCCUGAG